AGAACACAGGCAACCAACCUUUUCGCAACCCUCUCCCUCCCCGGACCCUGCUAAGAAGGUAGGGCAGUAGGGUAGACUGCGGCACUCGUACAGCACAAGUGUGAUAACAGAGGUGAGGAAGAGAGAAGGAAAGGGAGAAGAACAACGCAAAGAAAGUCACUUCCCAUCACUCUAUUCGUCCCCCAAUCUUGGUGGCUCCUGCACACUGAUGCAAUCCGCACACCCACUGCGCACAACAGGGACCAUUUCUCGCUGCGCAAACCGGCUUUCCUCUGUUCUCACGGAGCAUGGGAUUGCAUUGUGACUCAAGCGUGAGAAAAAUGAAAUAAAAGAAGCAUGCAUUAAGGCAAACAAGUGACCGUUUUUUCACCUCUCUCCCACGUUUUUUUCAUGUACUUGUAUGUCUUUUUUUCUUUUCCCUUCCCUUUUUUUCCCCAUUCACUCUCUCCCCCUCGUCCAAGAAUGAUGCUUUACUCAGAGGUCGGUGUGACAACAUGUGCAAACCACACGGGCUUUAGGAAAAGAAAAAAAAGAAAGAAAAAAAAAGCCGAUAUUAUCGUGCUGUAACUUACCGGUAUAGUAAAGGCGGCCUCACUCGGGCGAAAAUGGAGCUCAACCAGAGUCAUCACCGUUGUGCUGUUCCGCCCUCCCCUCUCCGACAACUCUCACACACACACGCACUCUCUCUCAUCGCCCCUCCCUUCGUUUUGCUUUUGCUUCCCACCCUCUUCUCCCCCCACCACACCCCUUCCAUCCACAUGCGAGCCUCAUCCCAAUUCCCUAUAAGACCUUCCUGCGCCCGCCAUUCCCCCCGCCAGAUAGCAGACAAUUCGUUCCGGAUAUCAUCAUUCCUCACUAUACCAUACCUCCUCCUUCCCCUCUAGCCUAGCUCCAAGUUAGACCACACCACUGCCCAGAUUUUAAGCUGCAUAUCGAUCCCCAACCCCAUCAAUACAUACCUCCAUUGCGACAACAAUCUCAAUGGACAGUCAGAGACCCCACACUCCCCUAUCGUGGGCUACCCGGCCCACCUCACCAAGACCCAUUCCGUCGGCAUCGCCUCGCCUCGCCCCGAUAGGCUCAGCGGUUCACUCGGAGUGGCAGAAACUGCGGAUACACGCUGGUCUCCCGCAGGACUGCCGCAACCGCUUCGGUCACCUUCCCCGCAACUUCUCGCGACCCCAUACUCCGGUGUCAUUGAGCCCGUCACCCUCCCCGUCGCAAUGCUCCUACUACACAGACCACUGCGAUGAUGCGGACGACUUCGAGAUCGAAGAGAUUGAAGACGAGGACGAGGAUAGCGGCGUAGAGCUUCUGGUUGGCGAAUACGAGGAGCCGUCGCCAGACUACGGGAGGCCAAUGUACGACUCGGACGAGGAUGAUGAAGCCCAGCGGGAAAUCGUUUAUAGCUUUGGAAUGCUCUCGGCGUGUCGGGGAUCUUCACCAAUUGCCCGAGCAAUGGCUCAACAACAGCUCAAAUUCGGGGCCCAGCCCAGGAAGGCAAAGAGAAGCUACACGGAAUCAGUCGGGAGUUCGGAUUCGGACUACGAUAGCGGCCUCGAUUCGCAGGACUCGGGGCGACGGACUCGGCGAAGGGUUAUCGGACAGAGAGACGCCUCUGUCUGCGCGACAUCUUUCGGAACUUCGUACGCCGGAUCUCAAACAUCGGAUUACGAGGUUGACAUGGAAUUGUGAAUUCCGCCAACUCUAUCCUUGGAUAGCCGCCACCAUCCAUCAUCACCCUCUCGACUCAACCCAAUUUCCUGCACCCCCCCCGCUUCACCCAAUUUCACGAGUGCAAAUGCUUGUACGAUUUUCCUUCCUUUUCCCCUUUUCUCCUCCUGUAUUUCCUUGGGCAUUAAAAAAGGGUUUCGCGGGGCAUUUAUAUACAGGUUGUUUUUUCCUCUCCUCUUUUUCCCUUUCCCUUUUUCUUUCCACAGCCGUAUCUCAUCCUUCUCAUCGUUUCUCUCAUUGUACUGUGCACGGCAUCCGGGACAUGGCAUAGAAGGAUUGUAUUUCAGAUUUUCAUUAUCAAAAGGGGGCUUUUUUUCUCAUUUCAUUUCAGUUUAUUCUCCCCCGAAAGAUGUACUAUUAUGUUUUUUCUCUUUUUUCCUUUUUUCCUUUCUUCCCUCAUAAUACGUAUUGGCGAGGGUUUUACCUAUGCAUUUUGUCGGAGCCGUGUUUUAUCACAUGUAUUAUGGACAGUAUGGAUGGAUUGAUGGAGUGGUGAAUGAAUCAAUUUCAAUAACAGCCGGAUUGUGUUUUUCAAAGAGGGUCUCGAAUCGUACAUGAAGGGUUGGUGGAGAGGGUGAUAGGUUGAGGCCAAUUCCAUCCCGUUUUUUUUGUGAGGGUGUUGAAGGACGACAGUCCUCUUGCAAUUGUGAGCGAGGUGGUUUUCAACGGGUAAACCAUCGUGUCAUACCGGUAUCAUACUCAUGGCAGUCCACGGACGGCAGUCGUCGUCGUUGUCGUCGUGGUCGUCGUCGCUGUGCUACGGCGGAGGGGGCGAGGAAGAAGACACCCUCCUCCACCCAUGAGGCAUUUAGCCGUUCUGAUGACGUCUCGGACGAAGUGAUUUGUAGGUGUUGUGCGAGUGUUGUGACUGGAGGAGGCUCUGCUGUGGUGACGCCCUCUGCACUCAUGGAUGAUAACAGUGUCAUACAAGUGCAAGUACUCGUACAGUACGUAUCAUACGGUAGUCUACGGUACCGCAAUGCAGUCUACCGUACCGUACGGUACCGCACUCGGUGUGUCACGCUUCCACGAAACACGAUGAUUAUGACACGAUAGCACGAAACAACCGGGGACUGGAUGGACUGGACAGAUAACGACCCCGAUUACUCGAGAGAAGUUUCAAUCCCC